AUGACUGUUUCUGCUGCGGUUAGCGGUAGUACAUUGGUGACUGCUCCUUUGUCUGGUGGUGUUAGGAAAUCGACAAAGUCAAAGAAAACACCGUCCGUUCAUCCUCCAUACGGAGAUAUGAUAAACAAAGCCUUAAAGGAGCUUAAGGAACGCGGUGGUUCGAGUCGUCAAGCCAUUACUAAAUACAUAAAGGCCAACUACAAAGUGGAUGAUCGUGCUGAAAGUCAUCUACGUCGUGCGUUGGUUACUGGUGUUAAAUCAGGCAAACUUGUUCACACUAAAGGAGUUGGUGCAUCUGGAUCAUUUAAACUUGCGGAUAAAACUGUCACACCGAACAAAUCAUCCUCACGUCUUAAAACUUCAAAGCCAAAAUCCACUGCAAAGAAGCUGUCUAGCAAGAGGCCUAAAGUUGCCAAACCGAAAUCAACUGGCAAUCCACCUAGCAAACCAGUAACUUCGAAACCUAAAACAACCAACCGAAAAUCAGUUGUUAAGCCGAAGAAGACGAAAUCACCUCGUAAACCGAAAACAAUGAAGCCUAAGAAACCAAUGGCAAAGAAGACUCCGAAAAAAGUUGCUAAGAAAUGA